CACUCCAAAGCGACAAGAUGGGCAAGUUAGUUUUAUAUGGUUUCGAAGGAAGUCCGCCAGUUCGAACCGCCAAACUGACUUUGGCUGCCUUGGGAGUGCCCUAUGAAUUCGUGGAAGUGAACACCAUCAAUAGGGAGAACCUCUCAGAAGAGUUUCGGAAGAAGAAUCCCCAGCACACGGUGCCCACGUUGGAUGACGAUGGCCACUUCAUCUGGGACUCACAUGCAAUCAGUGCCUAUUUGGUAUCCAAGUAUGGAAAGGACGACAGCCUCUACCCAAAAGACCUCCUCCAGCGGGCUGUUGUGGAUCAGCGAUUGCACUUCGAAUCCGGAGUGGUCUAUGCAAAUGCACUAAUAAGCAUAACUAAGCCACUAUUCCUACAUGGAAGGAAAAACAUUCCAAAAGAGCGCUACGAUGCGAUCAUAGAGGUGUACGACUUUGUGGAAACCUUCCUUGCUGGAAACAACUACAUUGCUGGUGACCAGCUGACCAUUGCUGACUUUAGUAUCAUCUCGAGUGUGAGUUCCUUGCAGACCUUUGUGGAACUGGACACGGCGAAAUACCCAAAGGUCACUGCCUGGAUCAAAAGACUGGAACAGCUCCCCUAUUACGAGGAGGCGAACGGCCAAGGAUCCCGACUUUUCGAGUUCCACGUUAAAAAGACUAAUUUCUCAUUCUUACAAUAAUUAACUGGAAUAAGUGUUUUGUUUUUGUAUUGUUUUUAUUCGACUAUUUCACUAUUAUUUUUAAAUAACAAACGCUUUGAAAAGCCGAAGAGAAAACCUAA